AAGAAAGAAAUGUUCAAUACCAUAGCAACGAGAAUAUUCCGCUCGAUUAAAGGAUGUCCGCAAUUAGUAUGAAAGCGGUCGCACUUGGAUCGUCAUCGAUGUUUACGCUCCACGAAAUAGAAACGCGUAUCUGAGUGGUUGAAAGUGUGCGAAGGGUGUGCGCGGCAAUCAGUGCGGCUAUAAUUUAAGAAGAAUUCACGUAAUUUCGGGCGAAGGAGAACGGGGUUGUUUGAUAUUUUGAAAGCAUGGAUGAAGAAGGAGUAAACGCAACGUCGUUCCAGUUGGGCCAGACAAAAGUCGAUGUCUCGUCGUCCUCGGAAUUUCCGAAUAGUUCCGCGAAUUUCGAAACCUCUGACACGAAACGAAGCGCAUGGAGCACGUGCGUUACCAUAGUUGACCUCGUUAACCAUAUACUCAUCGUUUGUCUGACAGCGUUCACCCUGUAUUACUCGGUGACUCCCAGUGUCUUCAAUCAUACGACCCUCUGCACUGUCGGGUAUGUCCUGCUGAUGUCGGAGGCUAUUGUCGUGCUCGCUGGUGACAACAUCUUGACGAGAUAUUUUACGCACCGCACAAAGAAACACCUGCAUUGGAUUCUGCAGCUACUUGGCCUGAUUUGCAUCAUUGCCGGUGUCGUGUUAAUGUACCGAGUGAAAACGGUUCACUUCAAGUCCAAUCACGCGAUCCUAGGCAUCACAUCUCUAAUCGUAAUGAUCUUUUUAACUGUGACCGGCUAUCCUGUCUUUAUCGCCGCGAAACUCCGAAAAGUAAUAAGACCGAUAACGAUUAAGUUUGGCCACAACUUCUUAGGUUUAUCGUGUUUCGCGAUCGGCAUGGCGUCACAAUGUUUGGGCUAUUGGAAAUUCAGAACGAUGAAUAUUUCGUCAAAAGUGGACGCAAGAUUGAUCUGUAUAAUCGUUAGUAUUACGAUCGUUGUGCUUUCGGCAAGGAAAGCUCUUCCGACUCUUUUCCAACAGUUCGUAAAACUAUUUAGAUAAAGAAAUCAAUAGAAUUCGACAUGUUUAUAUAGAUAAACUGAUUGAUUAGAUUAUCCGCACAUCUAUUGUAGAUCGGUGUUGCUUCACUUCUAAGAUUUAAAGUAAACGUUCGGAGAUCUUAUUGUCUUAUUAUCUUUAUCAUGUUUUUCUAAAGAACUUAUAAGUAUUUGAAAAAACACCGAUCCAGAUGGGAAAAGAUUUUGAAUCGAAGCAAAAGAUGCGAAUGUAUUUUUUUUUUUUAUUUUCCUUUAGUUAGGCGAACGUGAUCGAUGAGUAAACAUAAUUCGAUUCUUAAGCGAUACGGGGGAAUUACAACGUUCGUUGGAAAAUAGGUAUUGCGUUAACGAAUGACGCGAUCCCAUCGCGUAAUCAAAGUUCAAUUAUAUAAAGUCAUUACGCUGCGAUAUUUCCAACGUAUGUAUCAUGAUGGUGCGGUUCAAUCGCCGCUUAUACGGCGAUUCAAAAGCAGUUACAGCUCAAACGCAUUUCUAUUUCACGAACAAGACGAUUGGCGUUGCAUGAUAAUUCUUCCAUUGAAUCAUAUCAAAAUCGUUCUUGCUGCAUUGACGCAAAGUGGAUUAUUCAUUGAACCAUAUGCUCCUGACUGUUAUCUGUCAAUCGACGAUAAAGGCAAUUCGAUAAAUCCUGGAAUAUCGUAGUGAAAUACUAUAGUCCUCGUUCGUCUUUGUUUUAAUUAUUUCAAGAAAAUAGUCUUGGUUAUUUGUAUUUGAUAAAUGAAGCCAAAUUUAUUCAAUAGCGAGUUUGAACCUGUGUUUUACAUUUUUUUUUUUUUUUUUUGGUUUCGCUUCUUUUCAUGGUUGGCAUAAAUACUGCUACGCGAUUAAAAAAAUUCAAUUGACACGUAUAAAAGUCAUUUAAAUGUAAUAUUGUAUUUAUGCGUAAUAUUCUCUUCGAACCUAUAAUCCCAGAGUCGUAAUUAACGCGUAUGUUGGCACACGAUAAACUCGAUAAAAGUGCCGUUUCAGAAAUCAUUUAAAAAAGCGUUGGUUCCGUCGACGCGAUAUAUGCACGUGUCUGUAUAUUUAGUUGGCUCGUCGUUGCCGAUCGUGAGAAACGUCUAACGAAAUUCUCGUCUGUAACGAAUAUUUAUUCGCGCGUGGCACCUGAUUGCCAUAUUGGAAGACGCAGACGACGCUUCCUCGGGGAUGCAUGUUUCCCGUAUAUACGCUGCAAACAUGCAGAUGCAUAUUCGUGUUUGAGCAAAUACGCGAACGACGUUUGCCCGAGCCAAACGUGAACGCAUUAAUUAGGAGAUUUGCGACUCUUCCCUAUUGUCAUCAUUGACUAGUUUUAUCUUUCUAUUUCAUCGGGAAGGGAAGAGGGCAGAUAAAAAUUAAAAAAGAAAAGGAGAUUUCGUUUGAUAAAUGUGAUCCGAGGAACGUUAAUUUAAUGCGAAACGUUUGUCUUUCGGCAAUCGAUGCGAUCUAAUCUCCACGUAGUGGAGUAUCGUUGGAAAGCUUCGGAUCUUUUUUUUUUAUUAAUCAUCGUCCAUUUAGAUUCGUUCGAGAAUCGUUGUUUCGAAUACUCAGCGAAAACCUUUCCUGAAAAUUAUUUAAAUCGAAACUCGUUACAUUCCCGAUAUCAUUCGUCAGAAAACAUUUGUAUUCUAGCGUGGCUCAACGUGACGUGAAAUAUUUGGACGCUUUACACCAAGUAAUUUCCCUUUUCGUGUUUCAUGCUCUCUGCAAAAAAAAAAGAAACAAAAAAUCCGUACUAUUUUCUUGAUUUUUUACGACGUGCCAUCGCUCGUGUUCCCGUGUUAAUUGGUCACGGUGUUGGAUUUAAAUCAUCAUACUGAUUAUCGCAAUUGUACACUUGCCCAGAACUCUCGGCUUGUUUAAAACUAACAAAAAGUAUCGCAAAAUAAAACAUAUUGACAAGAAUUAAAGGGCUGAAUAAAUACGAAAGUAUACGGAUUUGAUGGAAUUAUUAAUCGCUACAGUUCGUUAUCGUUAUUGUUUGCGCCCGUCGAUUGAUUCGAAUUAGUUCGUUAAACCGUGAAAUUAUUCGACCUCGCCUCUUUAUUAAUUCGUUACACGCUAAAUAAACGACGCAGAUUUUUCGAACGAUGUUUUUCGUUUGGUAAAAUGGCGAUUUAAAAAACAACGCAAGACUGUAUUUUGUUCGAGAACACAACAAAACGAAUACAACGCAGCUGUAGUCACGCGAUGUAUUUUAAAAUAUGUAAAAAUUUAAUUAGAAUUACAUAUCGUACGUUUGUACCGGCGGAAAAUGAAAUAAAGCUUUUAAAAUCCUA